GUCUGUAAAUAUUUAAAAAUUAAAAAACAUAUUCAUAAAUGGCCCAGGCCGAAACACUGCGAGAAAAUCCAGCAGCGAAGUGUGAUUUCGAAUGAGUGGUUUCAAAGUGACCAGUGCGGGCCGAGUUCGUGUUUUUGUGGCCAUACACAGAGAAAAAAUAUAAUAAUAAAUCAUAACAAAUGCAUUUCAAAUAUAAUAGUUAAAAAGUUAAAAAAAAGGAGAAAAAAGUUGAAAGUGCGAAGCAAAUAUAAAAAAUUACACAAAAAAAAAGAAAGAAAGAAAAGAAUACACAUUGGCAACAUUUCGUGGUCGUUUUCAGCGAGUUGAUUCCGUUUUUGUUUGCGUUUGUUUGCCUUGCCGGAGCACGCGUGUGUUUGGCCUUACCUUGGACAAGAAUAAACCAUCCAAACAUCCUGCAGCAUCCAAAGGAUCCGAGCAUCCAAGCAUCCAUCUACUUGCCCAUUGUGGUUGUUCUUGGCUUUUCUCCUCGGCGCGGCCUCACGUUCAUCCUCAUCUUUUGUGAAUCCUUGGCGCAGCAGAUUCUAGUUGGUGGCCUACUCUGAAGAAAAUGUUUGAAUAGAGAUGGCCAAACUUUCACGACGUGCCUCGUCGUCUGCAGCAACGCCCGCCAGAGCAACAACAGCAACUACUGCAAGUACAGGAGCAACAUCAGUCAAUCCAAGUCAUGCCACAGGCGCCACGCAGCAACAAGAGGAGCAGCAUCAGCAGCAGGAGCAACAUCAGCGACAGGAGCAACAUCAGCCACAGGGAGAAAGUCAGCAACAUACAAAGCAGCAGCAGCCACAUCAACAGUUGCAGCAUCAGCAGCAGCAACGCAUUGCCCGUCGUGCCGCCAGUAACAGCAACAUUAACAGCAGCAACAGCAGACCCCAAGCAGCGGCACUCAUUGACACGAGUCCUGAUGUCCUCCAUGAGAAUCCACCGCCAUCACCGACACCGGCGGCGCUUUCCAACCACAGCAGCAGCAGCAGCAGCAACAACAGCUACCACAGCAACACUGCCACGCCCACAGCACCCGCCCACGCCCACGUCACGGCCACGCCCUACAUGCCGCUGCUGCCUCCGGGCGAGCGGAAUCUGACGGAGGCGGAAAAUGCGGCGGAGCGGGCCAGGAUUCGGGAGGAGUUCUUUGCCACCUAUGACGUGAUGACGGGCGUCAGGAUCGCGGCCACUUUGGGCGGCUUCUUCGGCCUGAUGGUCUUCCUGAUCGUCUGGAAGAGUCGCAGCAGCAGCAACGAGACGCUGAAGGUCCUCAAGGAUCCCAAAAUGGCGGCAGUGGCGGCGGUUUGCAUGCAGGAGGAGGAGGAGCGCGAGAUCCACGACGCCAUCGUGGCCACGGGGAUGUCCAUUUAUCCGGAUGAAUACGAUGCGAUGGUCUAUCGACGGCAGCGGAUGCUCUCGCUGGGCAAUGUGAGUGCUCCACCAUUGCUUAAUCGGGGAUAUCGCUGCGGAUCGAUGGGUGGCGUUGGCGUGGGUGUUCCCGUGGGCUAUAGCUAUCUACUGGAGCCGCCGCGCCGCUUCUCCUACUCCUCAAUGUCCGGCGGAGGAGGACCCGGUUCCGGACAUGUGGGACGUCGCAAGAGUGGCUCGGAGUCGUCGCGCAUCUUCAGCAACUAUCCCAUGGGCGGCAGCUUUGGCACCGACGACUAUUUCGUGGAGACGGAGGACGAACUGGAGGCGGAGGAGUACAUGCAACCAGGUGCCACGGAUGGGCGGGAUGAUCACCAGCACCAGAGGACGGACUCUACACGCAGCAAGCCGGGAUUCCUGUCCGUACCGAUGGCGGGUCAGGACUCGCGUCGGAGCAGUGCCAUGACCUGCUGCAGCACGGAUAGCUCCUACCUGGAGCGGCGCACCUCCGCCUACAUGGCCGGUUGCAUGGGCAACCUGCCGACUACGCUGCAGAGGAAGCUAUCGACUGCCUCGCGGACAUCAAGCAUCGAGAACUGGGACUACUACUACCCGGACAUCCAGGUGAUCCAGCCGACGCCCAAAGCCUCGCCCUGUCCCUCGGAGCGCAGUGUCCACGAGGGAUCGGGAUCGGGUUCCGCAUCCGGUAACGGAUCGAGGACCUCCAAUCUAAGUGCUACGAACAUCAAGCGAAAGCACAGCAUCGUGUCCUACGAUCCGGAUAGUGCGCAGGCUGGCCGGAAGCAGCAGAUCCACUCGAUCAGUGCGGACACCGUGGACGUCUAUCCGUACAACCAGGAGAGCACCGUGGAUCUGGCCUUGGCCCUGCCACUGCCCAAGCCAGUGCAGUCGGCCCCGCCCACCAGUGCCCACCAGGCGUUCCACUUCUGCGACUCGCCCUCCGAAGAGCUGCGGCUGGGUGUCCGGCGGAAGCUCACCCUGGUGGAGCUGCAGCGCAACGAGAGCAACAACAACAGCUUUCCGUACACAGCGAAUGCAGCUGCUCCGGUUGGAGUAGCAGGCACGGCAGCCAGUUCCAGUAGCAUCAGUGUGGACAGCACUCCGGUGAGUCUGGAGCGGUUAAAUGGAGCCGGUAGCGCUGGAAGCGCCAGCUUGGCCACCAUUUCCGUAUCCAACAAAAUACCGGCUGCGCUGAUGGGCAAUAGCAAUCCAGAGAAGCGAGCGCCAUUGGCUUCUUUAAGUUCCUUUAAGAUCUCCUCGCUGGAGUGUCCCGAUUCCGAGCUGCGUUCCUUAGACGAGGACUCGGUUUUUGGGCUGGAGAGUCCGGCGGACACGGACGAUGAUAUGCAGCAGCUGAGCAGCGACAGCGAGGAGCAGGAGGCGGCCGCCCAGGCUCAGGCUCAGGCCCAGGCCGCUUCGAUUCGGGCUGGUGGGGAGACGAAGGCUAAUCCUCUGCUGCUUGGCAUGCCCGUGAAGCGGAUGAGUCUGAGUGCGGUGCCCUCGGGGGGUUUCACAGGUGCAGCCUUGACUGGGGGCGGUGGCGGUGGCGGUGGUGGUGCUCGGCCACGAAGACCACUGCUCCAAAGACAUCGCACCAUCAGCGUCACCUCCAGCGAUCGGGUGGCCCUCAUCAAUCAGCCCCUGCAGCUGCAACAGUUCCACAUGGGCUUGCCCAUCCAAUCAGAGGCGCCACCGCUGGAAACCCACUUUGGGGCAGUGGUGAGUCAGAGUCCUCCCAGGCGGGGACCUCUACUGCAGCAGUACAGUGAUCCGCAGACGACGACGACGACCACAACGACCACCACCACGGAGGAGGACACCUGUUCCACGCUGAACACGGAGCUGGGAUUGGUUGAGGCCUCGGGAGCAGCACUUGGAGUUGGUGGUGGUGGUGGUGGAGAGUCCGCCACGCACACGCAGUACAGCAGCCUCAACACGGUGAUCAGCAUGGGUCGGUCCACGCCCAGUCCCAUUCCCAUUUCCGUUCCCGUUCUGACCACCCGGAUGGACAAUAAUGCCACCGCCUCACAAGUCACACAGCAGCCAGCUCAACUGCCAACGAAUGCCAUCCGGCUGGUACACGAUCCCUGCCCCUCGUCUGUCUCCGACUCGGUGAUAGCCACCCGGCAGCAAAGCAUCUGCAUGCCCGCUUCCCUUAAGGAUCUAAUCCUGCGUAAGGGAUCGGCUCCAGCUUCAGCUUCCACAAGCGUUAUCAGCCGAAGUGCCGCCAACCUGAGCUGUGAGAGUGGAGCCACUGCAGCAACCACAACGACUGCGACGCCCGCCGUCAUGCUUGAGCUUCCCCUAAUCAGGCUGCCCAAUGAGGAGGAUGACGAGCAUCAGUUGGAGCACCAUGCCCACUUGGAGCGGGACAGCGGUGAGAAGCGCGAUCCCAGCCUGCCCGGCACUUCCCGGAAAUGGUCCAAGGAGACACUCUUCUAGCCCAGCUGGUUUCCACUGCUCCAACAAAGGCAGUUCCCUGGGCCGGGCCACUAUUUAAGAGCUUAGAAACUGACUUUGAGCGCAUGGUAAUGGGAUCUACAGUGAAAACUCCCCAUAGGGGACGAUGGCUCAUGAAGUUUGUGAUUAGCUUUCAAAAUUCUAUAGCCAAAAACAUUGUUCACUAUAAAAAUGUAAAGCAGAUUACACAACCAACUUAUGAGAACAUAUACUACUUUUGGAAAAGACUACAAAGUAUAAAGUAAACUCUCUUUCCGAAGAUCAGUGUCAUAAGUACUAUAAUCUAAAGAGUUUAAAAAAUGUACUUGAGAAGAACAGAGUUGUAAAAAUAUUCUCACUCAGGGGAGUUUUCACUGUAAUUCCGGUAGUCACAUGGUCCGGCAACCAACUUCCUGGGUUGCUCGGGACCCGGAACUAUAAAACACGAGUAUUGACGAGUAUUUAGGCAUAGAUAAGGAGGAUUAGAUUAAGCGCAUUUAGUCAAAACAUAAGUUUGGCAUAAGGAGUUACAGUAGUAUAUGCCUACUAAUCAUGAAGAGAGUAAUGAACAGCAACAUGAACAACAACGUAUUCGUACUUAGAGACUGUUGUCUAUUAUUGUUAAUAGAACUCUAAAAGUUAAGUAGUGAUACUCGGAUUUAUUUUUCACACUUUAUCUAUAAAGCAAAAGUGCAGGCGUACAAAUGUAUAUAUUUGUAUGCGGCCCUAUACUGAGGAGAAGGUUUAUAUAUUUCUAUAGGUAUAUCGCCAGCCGCCAUAAUUCAUAUAUCGAUCGGUCUUUCUAUCUCUAUCCCUCACUCUCUCCCUAUUACGGAAUGAAAACUCUUCUAGUGUCUUAAACAGCAGCCAAAUACUUAAAGUAUUGUAAUUUAGAAAUUUUAUAGAUUGCACAACAACUCCGAAUCAAGUCGAAUCGAUCGAGAUCGAGUUAUCCUUGCAACAGAUGUACUCUGACAGAAGACCUUAGGACCUCAAAAGGUCCCCCCGAAGAUGCCUAAAUGUCUUUUACGCGUAGCUAGACAAAAGUUGCAGACUUUCUAGGAACAUUUUCGCAUUUCCCGCUCCUGCCUGUUCGAACACGAAUUGUUGGAAAAUAAAAUAGAGUUGUUGUCAGCAUAUAGAGUUACAAAGCGAGUAUAAAAAUUGAAAACAAAAAAAAACAAACAGAACA